AUGAGAUACGGGAUUGGUGGCAGCAACCUCGGGAAGAGGAUUGAGAUCGACAUCAGCCGUAGCUGCAUCGACAGAAGAGGCAGUGUUGAUGAUCGGUUCAACGGCGGUAACUGCCGAAGUAGGGAUGGAAUCAAGAGGUUGAGCUAUCUUGUCAGAAGGGCCGCUCGGAGAAGGAGGGGUAUCUGUGUCGGGCAUGAUGAAUCAAAACGAAAACAGCAAGAAGUAGAACAAAACAGGGAGCGAGCUGAACAAGACUUUCUCUUAAAGUUGCCAACAAAGUUGAUAAUUGGUUUGGGGACAUUGUUCAUCUCAACAACAACCAUGAUAGUAGCUUUUGCUGCAACAUUGUACCUUGUGUUUGGCCAAAGCAACUCAAGGAUUCUUAUUCCUACAGUUGUCGUGACAUGCCUACCAAUUACUUCUUUUGUGACCCUACAAAUCUCUUGUCAUAGAGUUGAUGAGUGCUACAUAUGGUCGUAG